AAAACGCGCAUCUGGAGCCCCUGUGCUUUUUAAUUAUUUUUUUUAGGAAUGAGUGCUGAUUCUUGAGUUUCUUACAGUGAUAUGCCAACUAUGGAUUCUUACUUCUCGGCAGCUCCACAGGGCAGAGAAGGUCCGAGUGUCCUUUCUCCUCCUUUCAGGGCACUGCCCCCUGCCUCACAUUGCAGUGACAAGUUCGGAGCCAACAGUUACCUGACUGGUAAGGGACUUAACUUUGGGGACCGGUCAAGGAGUCCCUAUAACAACCAGGAGUGCCAUCAGGACUGUGUAAGGGACGGUUCCUUUAACAAAUACCACCACCAGCAGCAGCUCAUAUACAUGCAAAGGCAUCCUUGUAAGGGAAGUGCAGAGAGCAGCAAGGUACCGGCAGCAGGCAGCCACAACGGAGGAGUUGUCAUCAGCUACGCUAAAGAUAGCCCCUUGACAGACUCAGAAUUGCCCCAGAACCCUGAUCAUAAGGGGAUGGACAGCAGUUAUCUCAGUGUGAAAGAAGCUGGAGUGAAGGUGACACAGGAUAGAGUCAGUGCUGACCCUCCUAGCCCUAUGGACAAGGUGGAUUCUGAGAGUAAUAAAGGCAAGAAGAGAAGGAAUCGAACUACUUUCACCAGCUACCAGUUGGAGGAACUGGAAAAGGUCUUCCAGAAGACACACUAUCCUGAUGUCUACGCGAGGGAACAGCUUGCACUGAGGACAGACCUCACGGAGGCUCGAGUACAGGUAUGGUUUCAGAACAGGAGAGCCAAGUGGAGAAAGAGGGAACGGUUUGGACAAAUUCAACAGGUCCGCACACAUUUCUCAACAGCAUAUGAACUGCCUCUCUUGACUCGAGCUGAAAACUAUGCCCAGAUUCAAAACCCUACUUGGAUUGGAAACAAUGGCACCACUUCACCUGUUCCUGCCUGUGUCGUUCCCUGUGAUACGGUGGCAUCAUGCAUGUCUCCACAUGCACAUGCACAUGCAGCAACAGGGGUCUCUGACUUCCUAGGUGUUUCUGGCCCUGGCGGACAUGUUGGACAAACACAUAUGGGCAGUCUCUUUGGCACUGCUGGGAUCAGCACCGCCAUUAAUAGUUAUGACCUAAAUGCUGAACCUGACCGCAAGACAUCAAGCAUUGCUGCCCUCAGGAUGAAGGCCAAAGAACACAGUGCUGCCAUAUCAUGGGCAACAUGAUUGGAAUUGCCACAGUACAACCAGAAACACUGAAAUAAUUACAAUGAAAGUAAUUCACCAUGAAGAACAAUGCAGCUGGGGUGGGGGAAGGAAUGACGUCCUAUGAAUUACUGAUCAGUGUGGUUAGAAGGGGGCACCACAAAAGAGACAAUAUCUUUGUUUUAGCAAUGCCCAAUGAUAGUUGAAUAAACAGAAUAUGACAUGAUAAAAUAGAUGUUGUUUGAAAGUGAAUUAUACUAGACUGAUGUUAUUGCCAAGAACUUUUGUGUAGUACUUUUCACUGUGCAAAUACUAAUUUAAAUGGACUGAUAUGAUUUAUAGGAAUGGUUUACGCAUGAUAAGCACUGAGAAUGUACAUCAGAGGAGUUUAUACCUGAGCAUGCAAAAUCUACAUUCACCGCUUAAGCAAUCUGAAUUUUUAUCCCUUCCCAAGUGGCACUUACAUAGCUGUCAGGAAUAUUUUUCAUACCGCUGUAUGAUGUAGCAAACAAGCAGUGAUGAGCUCAGAUAAAUAUUGCCUAGUAGAAGAAAACAAAGGCCCAUAAAGAAAGUCAGCAUAAAAAGGAGAAUAAAACACUUGCAUCGUGCACGGAAGUGAAUGUCCUGCACUUACUGUGUAGUUUCAUUUUGCAUGUACAUGCAGUAAAUUAAAUGUAUUUAGUUAAAAAUAAAUUAUAUGUAUAAUAUAACCCAUAGCUGUGGAUGUGGCUAGAUGAGUAGCAGAAGUGACCAUUUGGACAUUUCCAGCCAUACCAGUGAGCAGGAACAUUUUGCAGAAUCAAGAACUAAAGACAAAGGCCAACACUGACAAAUAUCUUUUUAAUAAUGUAUCAACAUGCCUACUGCAAUUGUAAGAUUGGUGAUAAGUAAUUAACAUACACAUAUAUGAGCAUGACUGUAUGGACAUUGACAAACACACACACAUACGGAUGCGCAUACACAGAAACACAUCGGCAUGCAAACAUGCCUAUUCCCAGCUCCUCGAUGAGAGGAUGGAAACUAACGUAAAAAUCAAAUAUUAAACAUUGAACAGAAAUACAAUAGACAUAACAUUUUAUUUAUUUUAACAAAUAUUUUAUAAAGAGCUGUAAAAAUCAAUGACAUAGUUAUCUAGCAACUGGUACAAGUAACAGGUGAAAGAAGAAGAAUUCUAAAUAAGCCUUUAAGUCCAAAAGUCACAUUUUAUAUGACUGUUGAUAUAAGUGAGAGAAUAGUUUCUAGGACAGGGUGAACAGGAUGGUAACUCUUGACUCUAUGAUGACACCCACCUACAAAAUGUAAUUGCAAAGAGAAAGUCGGAAAGGAGGUAACUCUAUUUCAUCUUUUGUGAUGGGAAUCGAUUUCCCUAGAAAACGUUCCUGAUAUGUGGUUUGAGGCUGAAAGCAGGGAUACAUGCUUUUCAAUUUUAUUCCAUAUGAGGAGCUCUUUUUUUUUCAGGACUGAAAGCCUCCAUUUCAAAAAUGCUUUGUCAAAUAUCUAAUUAUUGUAACAUAUUAAACCUCAAAAAAUGAAUAUUGAUGUUCAGUCUCAGGUCUCUGGUGAAAAAAAAACAAUUAUCCUUUAUAAUGCAGUUUAUUGUAUUAACCAACCUGUAAAUAAAACUAUGCCUUUACCACAUGAUGCUAAGUACAAGUAUUUUAUAUAACAGAGGUGUGUAAUACGUGGAAUUGUUUGAAGCACGUUUCUUUUUUAAUAUUGACAUCAAACCUGUCUAAUCUUUAGGAAUUUACAAAUAAAACUCAGAUCUUUAAAUUCA